AUGGCUAACAACAACAGUCUGAACACUUCUAACUCGCAACAAAUUCAAUACAAUAGCAUUGGUGUGCCCAUCCAACCUCAACAAGGUCAACCGAGAGACAAAACACAACAGUCAUCUUUGGAGUCAGAGAAAAGACAGAAAAAAGGCACACCGAAACGAAAGAUGGAAAAUGAACGAGAAAAACACAAAGCUGAACUAGAAAAAUUCGAAAAGUCGGGGAAUGAACUGAAUCGUCUUAUGAGCCAAUAUGGCACCAAAGCAAAAGCCAAAGAAGAAUUAGAUAAUGACGCUCAAAGAAUACGUAACAAUAUCAGUGCGUUAAUGACAAAAGUGCAAGCCAAAGCAAACAAGCCUAUGCAACCAGUUGUACAUGGAACUUUUGGAGUCGACCAAUCUAUGUCCUUGGGAAUAGUUUGGUCGGUCGUCAAUUCGAUAAGGGACUUUGUAGCAGAGGUGAUGAAUGGAGGUCGCGGGUUCGGCAGUCCAAGUUAUGAUGGCUUCGUGCCGAUAUAA